UCGCAUGGAGACGGACGACAGGAAGUUUCCUCUCGAACUGGGCGCUCUGGAGCUCGCUGCAGGAACUCUAUAGCUUCCUGCGCAGAUGAGCAGCCGCAUAUUGGAAAUUACAGACUCCUUAAAACGAUUGGAAAGGGGAACUUUGCAAAAGUAAAACUGGCAAGGCACAUCCUAACUGGCAGAGAGGUUGCCAUAAAAAUAAUUGACAAAACACAGCUGAACCCAACUAGUCUACAAAAGCUCUUUAGAGAAGUAAGAAUAAUGAAGAUCUUAAAUCAUCCAAAUAUAGUGAAGCUAUUUGAAGUCAUUGAAACUGAAAAAACUCUCUAUUUAAUAAUGGAAUAUGCAAGUGGGGGAGAAGUGUUCGACUAUCUGGUUGCACAUGGAAGAAUGAAGGAGAAGGAGGCUAGAGCUAAAUUUAGACAGAUAGUAUCUGCAGUGCAGUAUUGCCAUCAAAAGCAUAUUGUUCAUAGAGAUCUCAAGGCCGAAAAUCUAUUGCUAGAUGCAGAUAUGAACAUUAAAAUAGCUGACUUCGGUUUUAGUAACGAGUUUACAGUUGGAAAUAAACUGGACACCUUUUGUGGCAGCCCACCAUAUGCUGCUCCAGAGCUCUUUCAAGGGAAAAAAUAUGAUGGACCUGAAGUUGAUGUUUGGAGUUUAGGUGUUAUUCUUUAUACCCUUGUGAGUGGAUCUCUUCCUUUCGAUGGACAGAACUUAAAGGAACUUAGAGAAAGAGUCCUAAGGGGAAAAUACAGGAUUCCUUUCUACAUGUCCACAGACUGUGAAAACCUCCUCAAACGUUUCCUGGUGCUAAACCCAACAAAAAGAGGCACUCUGGAGCAAAUUAUGAAGGACAGGUGGAUCAAUGCAGGGCAUGAGGAGGAUGAACUUAAACCUUUUGUUGAACCAGAACUAGACAUCUCGGACCAGAAAAGAAUAGAUAUUAUGGUAGGAAUGGGAUAUUCUCAAGAGGAAAUUCAAGAAUCCCUUAGUAAAAUGAAGUAUGAUGAAAUCACAGCUACAUACUUACUGCUAGGAAGAAAAUCGUCAGAGUUGGAUGCAAGUGAUUCAAGCUCCAGCAGCAAUCUUUCACUUGCCAAAGUUAGGCCAAGUAGUGAUCUUAAUAAUAGCACUGGACAAUCUCCUCAUCACAAAGUUCAGAGAAGCAUAUCUUCUAGCCAGAAACAGCGGCGGUACAGUGAUCACGCUGGACCAUCCAUCCCCUCAGUAGUGGCAUAUCCCAAAAGAAGCCAGACUAGUACUACAGACAGUGACCUCAAAGAGGAAGGAAUUCAGUCCAGAAAAUCCAGCAGUAGUGCUGUUGCAGGAAGAGGAAUUGCACCAGCUAGUCCAAUGCUUGGAAAUGCCAGUAAUCCCAAUAAAGCUGAUAUUCCUGAACGUAAGAAAAGUUCAGCUGUUCCUAGUAAUAAUACUGCCCCUGGAGCAAUGACACGGCGCAACACAUACGUUUGUAGUGAAAGAACCACUGCUGAUAGGCAUUCAGUGAUACAAAAUGGCAAGGAGAACAGCCUGACAGAAAUGUUCGCUUACGCAGCUAGCCCUGCUUCAGUUUGUACUACAUCCUUCUCCAGUGUUCGGCUGCGACAUCAGAAGUCGAUGUCCAUGUCAGCCUCUGUGCACACGAAGAUGAUGUUGCCUCCAAUAGACAAUGGCGCAGAUAACUUCAGGCCUAUCACUAUUCCCGAUCAAAGAACUCCUGUUGCUUCAACUCACAGCAUUAGCAGUGCAACCACACCUGAUCGUAUUCGUUUCCCCAGAGGAACGGCUAGUCGGAGCACUUUCCAUGGCCAGCUCAGAGAGCGACGUACUGCUACCUACAAUGGACCGCCAGCCUCUCCCAGUCUGUCCCAUGAAGCAACACCACUCUCUCAGACUCGAACCAGGGGUUCCACUAAUCUAUUUAGUAAACUAACUUCAAAACUAACAAGAAGGCUCCCGACUGAAUAUGAGAGGAACGGGAGAUUUGAGGGCUCAAGCCGCAAUGUAGCUGUGGAUCAGAAGGACGAGAACAAGGAAGCCAAGCCUCGGUCGCUGCGUUUUACCUGGAGCAUGAAAACCACCAGCUCCAUGGAUCCCAAUGACAUGAUGAGGGAAAUACGAAAGGUCCUGGAUGCCAAUAAUUGUGACUAUGAACAAAGAGAGCGUUUCUUGCUUUUCUGUGUCCAUGGAGAUGGGCACGCGGAAAACCUUGUACAGUGGGAGAUGGAGGUGUGUAAACUGCCAAGACUGUCCCUGAACGGAGUUCGCUUUAAGCGGAUAUCGGGAACAUCCAUAGCUUUUAAAAACAUUGCUUCCAAAAUUGCCAAUGAGUUAAAGCUGUAACAAGAAAAAUAGUUAAGUUGUAAAUUAGUUAGCAAUUUCAAGUGUUUUUGAGAAUUCCGAUGGAAAUGUAUAGAAUAACAUUUAGGCAAUAACUUCUGCAUCCUUCUGAAUAGUGAUAUUAAAAAAAAAAAGCUGCUGAGCUGGGAGGGAGAGUUGGACUUUUUUAUAAAAGUGCACUACAGCAUUAAAGUUGCCUACUAUGUAAAAUAUUACCCCUUCUGCUUUAUUUCCAUUGCUCCUGUCUUUGACAACAAAUUGAAACACAGAAUAUAUUCAUUUAAAUAUGCCUCCUGUUUGUGUGGAUGUGUGAAUGUACAGUAUGUGUGUAUAAUAUAUAAAGUAUUAUAUGUAAUUCAUUUACGACAUCGAGCUGUACCAGUACCUCUUUUGGGGCUAAUUUUGGUGCUACAAAUUGAAAUGGCCAAGGAGGAAACACUUGAGUUAAUAUUUAAUAUAACUGAAGCGAUAACCAGUAGAUGCAGGUUUACAGUUCACUGCUGUGUUAAGGAAAACGAAAAAGUGUGUGAAGGGUUUGGAUUUACGGUUUUGAACAUUAUUAGUCCUGUUUUCUAAGUAGAUCUCAUGAGAUUAUUAAAAAUUCACUUUUACUGAGUAA